GCUCACGACCAGUCCGGAUCGAACGGUUUGCCGAAACGCACGUUCUCCUCGCGCAAUCGGUCCCCGUCUCGUGACGCUCACCCCCAUAAUCGUAAUACCGUUCCACAAUAAACUUAACGUUAUCGUCAUAUUUAUUUAUUUUUUUUUUUUGCCACCCCGUCCGUCGCGGCACGUUCUGACAUCGGUUUGCGCGGACUCUGUCCCUCCGAACCGCACGGCACCGUGCUCGACCGCAGAUACGAAUCGCCGGGAGCUUUGAACACAUCCGAAACAUAAUAUUGAUUCGUGAUUACGUGCUUCGACAAGAAGAUUCGUUGUUUUCGCACGUCCGUGGACGGCCAACGAAACGUACAGAACGCGCGUCCCUCCGCACGACGAACACAUCAUCGUUCGAAUAAUACAGCUCGGCCGCACCGAGACGAGCGGUUUUCGAUAUAGAUGCGCAUCGAUAGCUGCUCGAUUUGUUUCGAAUAAUUCCAGACAAGAUUUAAAUACCAAAAAAUGGAUAAUUUCGAUGACAUAGAAAGUGCCAAAUCCCAUCACCAUCUCAUGAAAAGACCACCAGUUGAUAUCGAAUUUUCAGAUUUAACUUACAGUGUACCACAUGGUCCAAAUGGAUCGAAAAUCAUACUACGGAGCGUAAGUGGCUUGUUCAGAUCCGGUGAGCUGACAGCGAUUCUCGGACCGUCUGGCGCUGGAAAGAGUACGCUGAUAAAUGUACUGGCUGGAUAUAGGUGCGGCGAUGCCAGAGGUUCUAUCAUGGUUAACAGCAAACCCAGAGACAUGAAAUCGUUUCGAAAAAUGUGCCGUUACAUAAUGCAAGAAGACCUUUUGCAACCAUCGCUCACGGUGAUGGAGUCCAUGAAAAUAUCCACUGAUCUGAAGCUCGGCCACACGAUUACAGAUGACAUCAAACUCGAAACGAUCGAAAGUAUUCUUGAGAUGCUUCGACUCACCAAAGCCAAGAACACCCUUAUGGAAAAUCUAUCCGGUGGUGAACGAAAAAGACUGUCAAUCGCUCUGGAACUCGUUAACAAUCCUCCAGUAAUAUUCUUGGACGAACCAACGACUGGUCUCGACGACUUGUCCAGCACACAAUGCGUGUCGUUACUCAAAGAACUCGCCCACGGCGGUCGAACGAUCAUUUGUUCUAUACAUACGCCCAGUGCCAGAAUAUUUGCAAUGUUCAGUCACAUUUACAUAGUGGCCGAGGGACAGUGCAUGUUUUCCGGAGUCGGUCAGGACAUGGUCCCUUACCUUUCCAGUAUUGGACUUAACUGCCCCAAACACUUUAACCCGGCCGAUUUCAUGAUCGAGGUCUGUAGCAGAGAGUACGGGGAUUUUUCGGAAAAAAUGUCUUCGUCCGUCGACAACGGUAAAUGUCUGAGGUGGCACAAAGACAAUUCGGAGACGAGGAAGCCAAUUGUGCGCCGAGCUUCGCAGUACGACACGGUCUCCAAACAUCAUUACGAUUUUUCCAGUUCGGGAUGGUCUCAGUUUAAAGUACUCCUCAGGCGGAUGGCGAUACAACACAAAAGGAAUAUUGCUUACUUGCUGUUCAAAUUCUUCAUGUACACGUUCAUCGGCUUCGUGGUCGGCGGUAUGUUUUUCCAAUUCGGCAACGACGGCUCUCGGACCCUUUACAAUUACGGUUUCAUGUUCAUCACCAUCAUCGUGUUCAUGUACACGCCACUCAUGCCGGUGCUGUUGAAAUUUCCCCACGAAGUCCAGCUGUUGAAACGAGAGUACUUCAACCGUUGGUACGGGCUGAACGCUUACUUUUGCGCGCUCACUUGUUCGCAACUCCCGGCGCAGCUCAUUCUGUCGUCGGUCUACAUAGUGAUAACUUAUUUCUUGACCAAUCAGCCAUUGGAAUGGGAUCGGAUGCUCAAGUUCUACGUCAUUUGCGUGAUGGUGUCCUUGUCGUCCGAAAGUCUCGCGUACGCCCUUUCUUCUCAACUCAACGUUACGAACAGCGUGUUCCUGGGACCGUGCUUGGCGUGCCCGAUGAUGCUGCUGUCAUCGUUCGGGCUGGGCUACAAGGAGGAAGAGAUCCCGGCGCUCAUCCGGCUGGGCAUGAGCCUCAGCUACCUGCGGUACGGGGUCGAGGGACUGGUGAUGUCCGUGUACGGCAACGGCCGAGCUCGACUCGACUGCCCCAAGUCGGAGGAUUACUGCGAUCUGCGGGACCCGUCGGCCCUGUUUGACACGGUUGGCAUGUCCGAGGUGUCGUACGGUAAGUCGCUGACCCUUCUGUGCCUGAUGUUCAUCGCGUUCAAGGUUACGUCGUACGCGAUGCUCAGAUGGCGGCUGAGCACCAACCCUUCACUGCUGCUCAAGCUCGGCUUCGUCGGACGGUUCAUCAAAGCUCACUUCAACAUCCCUCGUUAACCUGCCCGGCAACGGCAGUGCGUCGUCCUCAGCGCGGCGCGCCCGUGCGCAGACAAUCCCGCCGAGGAUCAAGGAUUCCUGGUUCUCCGCGCAGCAAUACGAGGGUCCGACAAGUCCUCGCGGCCACACGUUGCCGUGCAGUCGGUUUCGGCGACGGAUCUCUUAUGCUCUCGUAUCAUUACAACAAUUCUCUCGUCGUCGUCGUCGUCCUGCUAACGCGCGGUGAACACGCAAACGAUACGUACACGAUUGUACAUUAUUAUUUUUUUAUUAUCACUACUAUUAUUGUAUUUUACUAUUAUUAUUAUUAUUAUUAUUAUUAUUAUGUUAGAUACAAGUGUUUGAACGUACGCGCUAUACACUCGGUGGCGGCUAGGAGCGUAUCGCGUAUAAGCCUGAUGAAAAAAUGUCGUGCUCGCGAAACACUCCGUACGCGCAUCGAUAGUUAUCGAUUCUACCGCGUUCGAUUACGUACGAUUUUAUUUCAGUGCGUUUCAAUAACAUCGUGUAAAUUGUGCCAUUGGUCCAACGUAACAAUCGUGUGUACAUAACGUCCGGACGAUGCAGGGUCUACGGUUUCGCGUACACGUCGUGCACGGCCGAGCGCGCGCAAAAUAACGAUAUUAUUGCUCGAGUGCGCAAGACCGCUACGCUGUACUACAUUUAUAUCCCACGUCGUUGUUCCGGUGUGAUUUGUUAUGUUACGUUACAAGGGUAGUAUUUAAAAACACGUGUAUAUUAGCAGACGCUCGUACUACAAACAAAAUGUUAUUAGCCUAAAUCUGUGUUUUAUUUUGUCGUUUUGUGUAUAAUAAAUUUAUUAGGUGAUUGUAUUGUAUAUUGUAAGGACGACAAUAUUAUG